CCAAAAUUCAUAUUCAUUUGCCAUGUGACAGUUUUGGAACCGACACGCGGAUUUUUAGUUUGCAAAAAAUGUCUGCAAAAAAGACCAAAAAUGUGGAAGUUUCUGUUAAUGUAGCUGACGAAGUACUGACACUGAACAGAGCCAGCGCUAUCUUUUCAUCCCUGGUAAAAAUUCUGGCUGUACAACGCAAUCAAAUCCCAUUUUCCUAUCAAACAUUCAGUCUUCUGGUGAACCGGGUUCGCCAGGAUGACGAAGAUGCGUCAAAGGAAGGCUCCUGGAAGGCAUUCCAGGUGGAAAAACAGCGGGAUUUGGCCAAGAACACUGUCCAGGAUUAUGAGAAGUUCCUAAAAAUGAUACAGAUUGGCUUUGAGAAUUCUGUUCAGGAAGCUGUGAUCCUCUUUGGUGCCACCAUCUUCACACCCAAGGAGAUCUGGCACGUUGAAUUUCCUAAAGAUAUGAAGACAAACUUUUGGAGCACAAGAAACUCCCAGCAGGCCGUUGAUCAGAUUGUUUCGGCAAUUGGAUUUCAUAAGCAGCUCUGGGAGAGUUUUUCUAGGCAACUCUUGCCCACAAAUAUGUAUUUAAUGUUGAAGAUUGAUGAAAGCAAGACAAUUUCUCAAGGAUUUCUUGAGAUGUUCACAAAGAAUGAAGAUUUCACAAUUCCCGGAAGAUGCCCUGUAUCUAAAAUUACAAUACAGAAUAAUCUUACAGAGAGUGCAAUGGGAAACCAAUUCCUUGAUCUCAGCUUCUUGGGGGACGUCUUGCAUAGAAGUCCAGAGAAAAAGACUGAAAACUGCCAAUGGUAUGAGUGUGAUGUCAGUGUGAAGGGAUUCAAGGAUGUUCUGGUGAAGGGGAAGAGUAUUUGGAACUUGUAGAGGCGCAUGAAUUUUAUUAAGGCCUUGUUAGUAUGAAUUCAAUAAAGAAAAUUUAUAACAAACGA